AUGGCUACGAAUUCAGCGUUCGAAGGUAUUGCUCUUGAUCCUUCUAAAUGUAGUAAAUUGAGUAUGGAGGAAAAGAGAGCGCUUGUAUAUGAAAUAUCUAAUGAUGGUGCAUCUGAGAUGCUGCAGUCAUGGAGCCGUCAAGAGAUUUUGCAAAUCUUGUGUGCUGAGAUGGGAAAAGAAAGGAAGUAUACUGGGCUGACAAAGUUGAAGAUUAUCGAAAAUCUUCUGAGAAUUGUUUCUGAAAAGAAAUCAGGCGGCCAUGAUAUUGCCACAGACUCUGAACCACAUUCUUUUCCUGCAACUGGUCAGAAACCUGCGAAAAGGCAGAGAAAAACUGAGAAUCCAUCUCGAUUGCCUGUUCUUGCAAACAAUGUUACAGCCAAUAAUGGUGAUGUAAGUAAUAAUACAACCUACUGCAAAAACUCAGCAUGCAAGGCUACCUUAAAUCAAGGCGACGCAUUUUGUAAAAGAUGUUCAUGUUGUAUUUGUCAUCAAUAUGAUGACAACAAAGACCCUAGCCUGUGGCUAAUAUGCAGCUCUGAAGCUCCAUUUCCUGGUGUUUCUUGUGGCUUGUCAUGUCACCUUGAGUGUGCUUUAAAACAUGAUGAUUCUGGAAUUGGCAAAGGGGGCGAACGCACCAAACUUGAUGGAGACUUCUACUGUGUCUCUUGUGGGAAAGUAAAUGACUUACUCGGAUGCUGGAGAAAACAACUGAUGGUAGCAAAGGAUGCUAGACGCGUGGACAUACUCUGUUAUCGUGUCUCCUUAAGCCAAAAACUUUUACAAGGGACAGAAAUAUAUCUAGAACUUUAUAAAAUUGUUGAUGAAGCAGUGAAGAAACUUGAACCUGAAGUGGGCCCACUGACUGGCUCGCCAUUGAAGAUUAGUAGGGGGAUUGUGAACAGGCUUUCUUCAGGACCCGAGGUUCAGAAACUCUGUGGUGUUGCUCUUGAAUCACUUGAUUCAAUGCUUUCUAGAAGGAUCUUGCCUCCAUUACCCAAUCCAACUAUUCAAGAUGCAAGUUUACUAGCUCCAAAUAUGGUGAAGUUUGAAGAUGUCACUGCAACAUCCCUCACUGUUCUUUUGUGUUUGGAAGAUUCUAUGGGAGAACAUAAUGCUGGUUACACCGUGUGGCAUCGUAAAGCUGAUGAUUUGAACUAUCCAUUGGACCCAACUUGCACGACUCUCCUACCAAAUAGAAAGCUUGGCAUCAGGGAUCUACUUCCAGCUACAGAAUACAGUUUGAAAUUUAUUUCCAAUGAUUUGAGCAAGUCACUUAUGUGCGAAGUUCAAGUCUCGACAGAGCAUUGUGAGGAUGAAGUCCCGAAUUGCUCAGCAACGGAAAGAAGUCAGAGCCCAGUAACCAACUGUAGCAGCCUUUCCAAUCCAUCAUCUGUGGAAGAUGAAACUAAUCAUAGCGACCAGACUGAUAAUCGAUCAGAUAAUUAUCCUUCUUAUCACAAGGAUAGUGACCAGCUUGCUUCUGGAAAUCUAUCAAAUGAUGUUAUUAAUUGUUCCAAUCUGGGUGGAGUGGGACUUCCCACCGAUACAGAUUCCUUGUCAGACAAGCAAGCUACUGUGGGAAUGACUAGCACAAUACCUAGUUCUGAUAUACUAAAGCUUGAAAACAAGCAUUCACAAGAGGAACAAGUAACUGAGGACAUGAGCACUGAUGAUGGGUCAGUUCCAACGGGAAGGGAAUGUGUGCCCUUAGUAGGUUGCUCAGAAGGGAGCUUGCCUAAUACUCCCAGCAGGUUGGAAAUACUUAAAGAUGGUUUGGGGAAAAAAGGUAGAUCCAAAUUCAGUGGCAAAGAUAUGGAAAAAGGAUUUGGGAAAAAGGGUGGCCCUCGAGAUGGAAGCAAACCCAAGAAGAGAAGUGGUGAAAGGAAAAACGAGGGAUGCGAGGCUAAUGGUUUUCCAGAACAGGAUUUUGAGUAUUAUGUGAAGGUGAUUAGAUGGUUAGAGUGUGAAGGACACAUUGAAAAGAACUUCAGGCAGAAAUUUCUGACUUGGUACAGCUUAAGAGCAACCCCUGAAGAAAUAAGGAUUGUGAAAAUAUAUGUAGAUACAUUUCUUGAAGAUCCAGCAUCUCUUGCAGAGCAACUUGCGGACACCUUCUCAGAAUGCAUAUCAAACAAAAGAUCAUCAGUACCUGCAGGGUUCUGCAUGAAGCUUUGGCAUUGA